GUAUCAACCACAUGGAGAACGAACAUAUUCUACAACUAAUAUUCUUCACUUUACUUUUAUUCAACCCCAUCUCCGGCACCCACGACGUCUGCAGGCCGGCCUCUUGCGGCCCAUUAGAACCAGAAAUACACUUCCCGUUCCGUCUCACCGGCCGGCAACCGUCCCGGUGCGGCUUCCCAGGCUUCGACCUAUCUUGUAACAAACAAAACCAUACCAUCAUCCAACUUCCGUCAUCCCGCUCAUACACCGUCAACAGAAUCAACUACGUUGAUCAGGUGAUCUACAUAGAUCCGAAUUUCUGCGAACGAAACGGAAUAUCCGAUUUCGAUCUAACCAACACACCAUUUAAUUUGGGUAGCUUACAGAGCUACACUUUCUACAACUGCUCGUUCGAGUCCGUGUAUCGAGGGGUGCCGUUUCAUUGCAUGAGUAGCGGAAAUUACUCGGUAAUCGCUGUCCCCAGGGGAUUGUUUUCGCUGGAAAACAUGCCCUCAAGCUGUGCGGUUAUGAAGACGAUAGAGGUGCCCGCGCGUUGGUACGUCGGGAUUGGAGUGGAGUUGAUGUUGAUGUGGUUCACUCCAUAUUGUAGAACUUGUGAAAUUGAAGGUCGAGUUUGUGGAUUGAAGAGUGAUGAUGGAGAAACAGUUUGUCAUGGUUCUUCUAGAGGUAUAUCAACAAGUGCUAAGUACGGAUUAAUAAGUUUAGGCAUUGGUUUGCCUGCUUCAAUAUGCAUCAUUGGGCUUGUAUGCUACGCAACUUCUAGAGUGAGGGACCAUAGGGAAGCUCACCACCAAAGCAUCGACCUUUUCUCUAUCGCCAUUGUCCCACAAUCACCCUCUACAACGGGCUUAGACAAGCCCACAAUUGAAUCAUACCCGAAAACCAUACUUGGAGAGAGUUGCAGAUUACCUCAUGAUAACAAUAACACUUGUGCUAUAUGUCUUUCAGAAUACAAGCCUAAAGAGUCAUUAAGAACGAUCCCAGAAUGUAAUCACUAUUUUCACGUAGAAUGUAUAGACAGGUGGCUCAAAUUGAAUGCAACUUGUCCAGUUUGUAGAAAUUCGCCUGAAAGUUUGUCACUAGCUACAUCAAGUUCAUUAGCAUCAACGACAUCCGUAGAUACAUCAUAAAAAAACCAAUCUACAACAUUCUAAGUUUGGUACUUUUUAUAUUUUACAUGCAUAGAAUGUAAUGUAGGUAUAAAUUCUAGGUUAUACCAUUAAAAUUGUUAUAUGAUGUUAAUAUAUAACAAUUUUAUAAACAAUAUUUAAACAUUUUAGUAAAAGUAAAUUACUAUUUUGGCCCUUGUUGUUUAGUAAA